AUGAAGAGUGGUGUUGAAUAUAUCGAUGUUUAUGCAUUUGAUGGUUGUUCAUCUCUCACAGGUUUCACCAUUCCGAAAACACUUACAAAAAUACUUAACUUUGCAUUCCAAUCUUGCUCAUUACUAUCCAACAUCCGAAUGGUUUCCGAUUGCACAUUGAACUAUUGUGCAGGUGGUGCCUUCUAUGGCUGUUUCAAUCUUAAGACAAUCACACUUAACCCUAACGACAACAAAUAUUUGUUUGAGAACGGUGCACUCACAGAUCGCGACCAGACUAUUUUAUACUUCUUCCUCCCAUACAGUGGUGUCAAGAACUUUGCUGUUCCUACCGAGAUGAUCACUAUCGGCAACUGUGCAUUCAUGGGUAGUCCAUCUCAUCAACGAGUUUUCUUCAGUGGCAGCAAGAUCCGAGAGAUCGGCUACCAAGCGUUUAAAGACUGCAUAAAUCUCAAUUUUAUCUUCUUCUCAUCAUCCAGUCUCACUAAGAUUGAUAACGAAGCAUUCGAUGGCUGUCCCUAUCUUAAGAAAUGCGGUUCAUUUCAAGCACCGACAGCACUUCAAGAGAAACUUAUUUCCAUCAAUAUCCCAAAGACUGCAUUUUCCGAUGAUUGUGAUCUAUCAAUAACUUGCAAACCUAUCAUGCGAUUUUCAUUCUCACUAGCAGUUCUUACACCUUUUAUUUUAAUGUAA